AUGAGGGUCGUUGCCGUCGCAGGUGGCACUGGCCAUGUGGGCAGCCCCAUCGUUGAAUCCCUCGCUCAGUCCCAGUCAUUUAAAGUCCUGGUGCUUGGACGCAAGGCUUGUCAGGACACCUCGGGCCUUCCUGCCUCUGCAGUUUAUAUCAAGGUUGACUAUGACAAUGUUGAAGCACUGUCCCAGAUCUUGAAGCACCACAACGCCCAUACUCUUAUCUGCACCAUCCAGAUUACGGAUGAAACUGCCUCCUUCGCACAGAGGUUUAUCGUCAGCGCUUGGGGUUCCCUUCCCAACGAAGAGUCGCCUGUCGCCGCUUUCCAGGCAGCCUCCAUUGAGCAGCUCCGUCGAACCAAUCUCGAAUGGACUCGAUUUGCCGUCGGCUUCUUUCUAGACUACUAUGGCCUGCCCAACAUCACGACGCAUCUCCCCAUGCUGACCUUUGCACUUGAUAUUCCGCACAAGAAGGCCGCUAUCCCUGGGACAGGCGACGAGCCCAUAUUCUUCACUUACACAUAUGAUGUGACCAAAUUCGUGGCUGCUUUCCUGGAUGAAACGGAAUGGGAGGAAUUGACUGUUUGUUACGGGGAGAGGAACACAUGGAACAGUUUCCUCAAAAUUGCCGAAGAAGUUUCAGGACAGCCCUUUGAGGUGACUUAUGACUCGGUCGAAUCACUCCAGCGUGGUGCGGUCAGUGAGCUACCCUCACACAAGGCCGAAUUCGUCGCAUCCCCGUUCCCAGAGGCUAUUGCCAAACAGCUCUUGGCCAUCCUUGGUAUUUGGGCCGUUAAUGGACAGUUUGAUAUCCAACACAACAAGUCCUUGAACGCUAAAUAUCCGGACAUCAAGCCUAUGGCAGUCCGGGACGCACUGCUGAUUGGAAUGGAAUAG